AUUCCUUUGGUGUAUAUAAAGAGGAAGACACUCAAUAGCUUUAACGUACUUCAUCAAUUCCGCACUAAACUAAACCAUAAAACUCAAGAUGGGGCUUCUUCACAAACAAAACCUUUCCUUUGUGAUACUUCUCCUUGGUUUCCUCGUCGUCUCUUACGCUUGUGACUGUGGUGACCCUCCAAAGCCAUCUCCACACCCCGUUAAACCGCCUAAACAUCCCGUUAAACCGCCUAAACCACCCACCGUUAAACCACCUCCACACACUCCGAGACCGCCAACCGUCAAGCCUCCGCACACUCCAUUCCCUCCACAUUCUUUUCCACCGUACACUCCAAAACCGCCCACCGUUACGCCUCCUCCUCCCUACACGCCAUCCCCUCCACCGCACACUCCAAAACCUCCCACUGUCAAGCCACAGCCACAGCCAACUCCAACCCCAUCGCCUCCACCACCGUACGUCAAGCCACCACCAGUGCCAACCCCAGAGACGCCAUGCCCGCCACCACCGCCACCGUCACCACCACCAACCCCAUGUCCUCCUACACCUCCAGCGCCAACCCCUGAACCGGAGACUUGCUCAAUCGAUGCGCUUAAGCUAGGCGCGUGUGUGGACGUGCUAGGCGGUUUGAUUCACAUCGGACUAGGUAAAAGCUACGCAAAGGCUACUUGUUGCCCGGUUCUUGGCGGUUUAGUGGGUCUUGACGCAGCGGUUUGUCUCUGCACCACAAUUAGAGCCAAGCUUCUCAACAUUGACCUCAUUAUUCCCAUUGCUCUUGAGCUUCUUGUCGACUGUGGUAAGACUCCACCUCGUGACUUCAAGUGUCCCGCUCCACAAAGAAAGAGUCCUCUCUUGGGUUGAUCUCUUGUGUUUCAUUUGAUACAGUACAAGUAUUUGAGAUAUCAAGAUCUAGGUUCUUUUUCCUGUUUUUCAGUUGCUGAAACAGUACCUACAAAGGAUCUAAAAUUUAUUACUUCUCUAAAUCAAAAAGCAACUUUUAUGUAA